UAGAUAGUUUUAAUGUGACUGUCAUAUAAUAAAAAUAGACAUCAUGUAUUGGAAUUUAAAAGUGUUUACAGCUGAGAAAACUGCUGUGAAUUCAUAACCUGUUUUAUGUAAUUUGUUGUCAGAUUGUUAAAUCCUUUCUUCCUCAUCUUCCUAAUACCAUACUCCGCUACCUUGACAUGUUUACAGUCAUAGACUUUAUGCAUUAUAUUUGCUAGAACAUCAAAUUUAUCUCAAUAUGCCUGUGAUUUAUAGCAUGCUACAAAAUGUUCAGUUUAAAGUUUAACUGCUUCAAAACACAUUGCACAAGAAGAGCGAGUCAUUCCAGUUUGGGUGACAGAGGUCAGUGAUUCUUGAUAAGAGUGAAUGACUCCAAAUCUCUCUAGAUUUACACACCUGAUGUUCUUUUAACAGUGCUGACUGAUGGAUGAAGUGUCAUUUAUCAGAAACCCUUUCAAGAGGAACAAAACAGACAUUGAUUAACUAAAAGAUUAUUAGCAUUUUCUGGAGAGCUGCAUGCUCCGUAAAUGUUCAAAACCAUGAAUAAAAAUGUGAAACCAUGUCACAUCACCAGGGGCCAGUUGUUCAAAAAGUUUAAUCUGGCAUUUAAUCUUUGCAUUGCAUUUACACUAAUAAAUACUACUGAUGUAGUUUUUUGUUUGAUAUUGACAGCUGUUUGGGGAUAUAUUACAUGUUACAAAUGUAUUUGUUGGACCAGUUUUAAAGUUUUAUUACAUUUUUGUUCCUAAAAUCCACUCUUCUGCUGGGAUCAUAAUAAUCCAGUUGUUUUUUUAAUCAAAAGUAUCCCAAUUCAGAUUAAAAUCCAGAUUGUAUUUCAUAAUCUAAUCCGAAUUCAGAAUCUUUUAUUAUUAUUAUUAUUACUAUUAUUAUUGUCUUUUGAACAACCCAUUUUAAAGAUUUGAUCCAAUCCGAAGGCGCAAAUCCGAUCAGAUUACUUUUUAACAACUGGGCACAUGUUGAAGUAUUCUCAUGAAUAAUUCAGCAGCGGAAGUGCAGGAAUGGGCAGAGCUGCGUGAAUAAUAAGAAGCUCCGCCCCCUCAUGUUUAUUGAUUGAGUUUAUUUGACAGCCGUGCGCUUCAGUCCCACUAUGGCGUCUCAUCAAAUCAGGAUGGGCUUUUUCUACCGCCUUCUGUACUGGAAUUUAUCCGUCGCCGAUUGGUAUCUUACAUCUGGAUUUCUGUGCUGAAAGACGUCAAAUGUAGGCGAAAUGAAGGACGAGAAAAGCAUAGCGCGGUCGCUCCAGAGCGCCGACACGGAGCGGAGAAAUGCAGCCGAUGUGGAGGAUGUCCAGGCGGGCAGCGGAGCGCCGCUGAUCCCGGUGCUGCAUGAAGCACCGACAGCCCGAGCGGGAACGGGAAUUCGCGUUUUAAAGCGUAACAUGAAGAGGAACGGCAGUCGAGGCUGUGUGACGAGGAAGACGCGCUUCGGCUCUCGAGAGCGAGACUGGUUGAAGGGUGAUGCUCAGCGAGGCUGUGUGUGUCUGUACGGGGCCUCGGAGCCUCCGCCUCCAGCCUCGGGCCCCCAGACCUCCACCAGCACCCAGCCGGACCUGAAGCUGGUGCUCUGCUCCACCAACACCACCGCCGAGGAGCUGUGCGCCCAGAGAGACGUGCAGGGUCUCUAUCUGCAGCUGCACGGAGACCUAAUCAGGAGGCUGGACCCCUCCGAGCGUCCUCUUCAGAUGGUCUAUGACUACCUGACUGCAAUGGGCUAUGAAGACCCGCUCCGCGUCCAGCAGGAAGCCGCCAACUCCGACCUCAGCUGCAUGAUCCGCUUCUACAGUGAGAAACCGGUGAACGCAGACCAGCAGGAGCGGACUCUUCUGAAGGGUGUGUUCAGCGUCAGGAAGGGAAAGACGCAGCUCCAUAAAUGGGCCGAGCGGCAGGUCAUCCUGUGCGGGACGAGUCUCAUCGUUGCCUCUGUCAAGGACAGCCUGACCGGCAAGAUGCACAUCCUCCCCCUGGUCGGUGGGAAGGUGGAGGAGGUGAAGCGGAGGCAGCACUGUCUGAUGUUCAGCUCCGCCGGACCGCAGGCUCAGACCUACUACGUUAACUUUGACACGCUGGCAGACUACCAGCGCUGGCAUCGGCAGGCUUCUAAAGUGGUGUCUCAGACCAUCAGUCUGGUGGAUUUGUCCUGCUACAGUCUGGAGGACGUGCCUGAGUAUCUCUUCUACUGCCAGGAUGUCACACACCUCAACCUACGACACAACUUUAUGAGUCUGGACGGCCCUGGAGGACUCAUCAACUUCAGCAGAUUUGGCCAGCUGAGGAGCUUGAAUCUUUCUCACAAUGGGCUGGGCGUCUUCCCGGAGUCUCUGUGUGAGAUCCAGACUCUGACGGAGCUCUAUCUGUCCUGCAACGGCCUCACUUCUGUCCCGGCCCGCCUCCAAAACCUCCAGAGCUUACAGACGCUGUGUUUGGACGGGAAUCUCCUGGAGUCUCUUCCGGAGGAGCUGGGAAACCUGACGCAGCUCUGCAGCUUGGGACUCUCCUUCAAUGACUUUCCUCUGGUCCCCGGCGUGGUGGAGCGCCUCGGGGCCCUGGACAAGCUGGCGAUGGCGGGGAACAGGGUGGAGACUCUGGAUCUGUUCAGCCUGCUCCGAAUGACUCACAUUAAGAGUAUUGAUUUACGGUUAAAUGGCCUCCGCUGUGUUAAAAGUGAAACUCUGGAGCCGGUCAAACACCUCACCCAGCUGGACCUGAGAGACAACCAGCUGACGUCUCUGGACCUGAGCUCGGCCUGCAGUCUGGAGAGCCUGCAGUGUCAGAGGAACCAGCUGAGAGCCCUGACGCUCAGCGGCUUCACCCUGCGCUCGCUCCACGCCAGAGACAACCGUCUGACCACGGUCAACAUCUACCCUGUUCCCAGCCAGCUCACACACAUGGACCUGUCAAGGAAUCUCCUGGAAUACCUGCCAGACUGGGUGUGUGACAGCAGGAAGAUCGAGGUGCUGGACGUCUCCCAUAAUCUGCUCUCUGAGCUCCCGGCCAGACUUCUCAGCAGUCUGAGUCUGCGUAAACUGCUGGCUGGGAACAACCGGCUGGAGAGACUGGCUGACCUGCUCGACCACAUCCCACUGGAAACACUCGACCUGCAGCACAACAAGCUGCGCCAACUUCCAGAGAGCUUCUUCUACAAAGCCUUGAACUUAAAGUAUUUGAAUGUGUCUGCCAAUGCGCUGGAGACGAUCCCGCCGAGCAGCCAAUCAGAGGAGAGCCUCAGCACCCUGCAGGAGCUCUAUCUCACAGGAAACUACCUGAAUGAGAGCUGCGCUGCUCUACUGGUGGGGCAUCAGAACCUGCGGGUCUUGCAUAUGGCUUAUAACCAACUGCAGUCCUUCCCUGCAAGCAAGCUCAGCAAGCUGGAGGUCCUGGAGGAACUGAAUCUGAGUGGGAACAAGCUGAAAACGAUCCCCUCCACCGUGUCCAGCUGCAAGAGACUGCACACGCUCAUCGCUCACUCCAACCAUAUCAGCGUGUUCCCAGAGGUCCUCGGCCUCCCCGAGAUCAAGCUAGUAGAUGUGAGCUGUAAUGAGCAGACAGAAAUCCUGUUGCCGGACUCUCUGCCAUCAACACUGCAAGAGCUGGAUCUGACCGGCAACAGCAGCCUCAUGUUAGAGCACAAAACCCUCAACCUCUUCAGUCACAUCAGCACUUUGAAGCUGGACCAGAAGCCAUCUGUGACCGCAGGAGACGCACAGGGCACGUCCACCCUGUGGGAUCAUGGUUACGCUGAGAUGUGUGGGCAAAGAAACAAGUUGUGUGUGUCUGUGCUGGCUGUGGAUCGCUUCGGAGACAGUCCAGAGGCUGCUUAUGGGAUUUUUGAUGGCGACCGUAAUGAGGAAGUUUCCAGGUUACUGCAGUGCACCAUGGGAGAUGUAUUGGCAGAGGAGAUCCAGCACUCCAGUGUGGACCGUGUAUACAUGAGCAACACUUUCCUUACUUCCCAUAGGAAACUUGGCAUGGCAGGCCAGAAGCUCGGUGCCUCUGCUCUGCUCUGUUACAUCCAUCACGAGUCCUCCGAAGCUGGCCGCUACUUCAGCCUCACUGUGGCCAACGUAGGCACCUGCCAGGCUGUACUGUGUCGUGAUGGGCAACCUCUUGCCCUGUCAAAGGUUUUCAGCCUAGAACAGAGCGCUGAGGAGAUGGAGCGCGUCAAACUGGCAAAAGCUAUCAUCACUGAGGAUAACAAGGUGAGUGGGGUGACAUGCUGCUCACGGUUACUUGGCUGUUCCUACCUGUUUCCUUGGGUGCUUCCCAAACCCUGGGUGCACACAGAGCCUCUGUGUUCUCAGGAUGAGUUCCUGAUCCUAGGAAACAAAGCACUUUUCCAGAAGGUUUCCUACCGGGAGGCAGUGAGCACUGUGCUGGCUGUCAGAGACCCCCGCGCUGCUGCCAAAAAGCUCUGCACGCUGGCACAGAGCUAUGGGUGCCGGGAUAAUGUGGGAGCAGUGGUGGUAGCUUUGCAUAUCGGAGAAGACAGCUGUACGUGCGAGCCUCCUCUCUCGACCGCAGAAGCCCGAGGACCACCUUUACCGGUCUCUGUGUCCCCUGGCGACCCAGCCACGCCGUCAUCUAGCAGUGGCAUCGCCUCUGAGUUCAACAGCGAGAUGUCCGCUUCGGAAGUGGGCAGCGAGGCUGGGUCCACCGCUUCAGACGAGCACCCCUCUUCAGGACCAACGGCUCGUCCGGAGCGCCGCUGUAGUUUGCAUCCGACCGCUACCUUGUGUAACACCGGGCCGCUGGCGAGCCUCGGGCCAGGGGCACACCCGGCUCUAUUCCAGCGGCAGCCUUCCAGCGCAACCUUCUCAAGCAACCAAUCGGACAACGGACUGGACAGCGACGACGAGGCUCCUUUAGAAGGCGUCAUCUCAAACGGGAGUAAGCUUGAGGUGGAAGUGGACAUCCACUGCUGCGCUUUUCAGCUGCGCUCCGGACGACCGGAAAGUCCCAAGGACCCGGACGGCCGGCAUGAUUCGAGGGGCUCGGAUUAUCCCAACAGCAAAAUGCGGCGGCAAAACAGCGUGGUGGUUUCUGCCACCAACGGCUGCCUGCUGGCUGUAUGCGGCCGAGAGAUCUCGGAUCUGAAGAAGUCUCCUUCAACCUCUAGUCUCUUUGGGAAGAAGCUCUCUAAUGGCUCCGUAGUGGCUCUCGAGGACAGCCACAAUAUUAUUGAGGUAGCACUGGAGGCCCCAAAAAAGAAGUCGGGAUAUUUCGCCGCACCAGCCCAGCAAGACCCGGAAGACCAGUUAAUUAUUCCGCCAAGUCUGGAGCAAGAUGUGCGGGAGCAGCUGAGAGGCCAGAGCCCUGUUGUUCCCGGGCCGCCGUCCUCAGCGAGAGACACCAACUGGGACCAUCCUCAGCCCACCGUCCCCGCUCUCCACCCCACCACCGUCCUGCAACAGGACGUCUACGACACCGCUCUAUAGUUGGUGCAAGAAGACCGUACCAUUGGAGCAUCUCCACAUCAUAGUGCCACAUUAAAGAGGCUAGCUCAAGAUAAUCCAGUUCUUAUUUAGCGCCGUCAUCACGUGUGGGUCCAUGCAUGUGCAUUCUUGUGCUGAUCCCAGUCCAGAACGGACUGGUGGAAAUGUCAGGACUGAGGAAAUCUUGAAGAUAGUGGAAACACAUGGGCUAUUCCUGACCAGAAAUCACAGCAUGGAGCUGGAGUACCUCUUACAUCACCAUGCGCGAGUUCAUUUCGACAUUCGCCCUUUAUAUCGAAGGUCACAGGCUUACGUAGGCUUCAUUGAUCACAUUUGCCUUCUGGAGGAAAGAUACUAUCAAACUAAACUGAGACCAAAAGAUGAGAAAAGUGCCUCUUGAAGAUAGGCGUACACUGUUCUGGCGUAAAUGCAGUGUUGUUCUCCUACCUUCCCAUAGUGGCGACCAGUCCGUAAUCCGCACUUUUGACGUCUGUGAGGGAUAUUUCAGAUGGCUCUCUUCCCAAACUGACCUGUUGGAAACAUCCCGCUCCAUUUCAUGCUCCUGAUCUCCUUUCUUGUAUGCAUACGGGAUCUCCCAGACAAAGCCAUGGGGGUCUCCGGGACCCUCUGCACAGUAGAAGAGUACAAUGAUCCCAUCAUAACAUUCAGAGGGAAUCGGUCUUGUGAUGGAGGUCGGAGUGAGAUGGAGACAGAAACUACAUCCAGUGCUCAGUGGAAGCAUCGCCACACCUUUAAGCAGAAGUCAUUUUGGGGAGCAGAAAGACCUCAAAACCUUGUCUGAAAUCAUAACUUGAGCGGUCUCGGGUCGUUUAGAGUACUUGAAGUUUCGAGUGUGCCAUGACUAGAUGACAGAGCCCAUGCUACUGUACACAACCCUGGGCCGUGAAUAAGACAUUGGGUCUUUGUAGUAGGGCAGUAUUGCUGUUGAUCUGAGUGAGUUUGGGAUAUUUUCAUAUAUCAUAAUCAAGAAAAAAAUUAUCAGCUGACACUUUUUUUUUUUUUUGGUUUGAAAGGUACUGGAUAUAUAUGGUAUGUAUUGUGCAGUGUGUGUGUGUGUGUGUGUGUGGGCAUGUAUGCUCUAUUUUAGCCAUGCAUGGUACAUAUAAGGUUCGGGUUUGUUUUUUUAUUUGACCCAGGAGACUAUAUUAGGUCAGUUGAAUUUGUCAUAGCCACAAUCACAGUAUCAGGGAAUUAUUCUGAGCAGUGAAGCAUGGUUUGAGGAGACAUCUAGUGGUGUUUAUUGGAAACAAUGUUGUUUUUUCAGGGUUUUCCCAGGAAUUAACUUUGUUUUACACAACUCAUUAUUAAAUUUCAAACUUUCAAAAAUAACAAAUAAUAAUAAAUACAGAAUUAGAGAAAUAAAAUUAGGGACAAUCAAGUGCAAAGCCCAUUGUUAAUUGUUAGAUACUCAAUUUAAAAGCCCUUUUUUUUCUUUUGCCAGUUGUAAGAUAUCGGUUGUAUUAAAUUAUAUUUAUUAGGUUCAAGAUUAAAUUGAUUCAUAGUCUUUAGAAAGGAAGCAAAAGUUCAAAUUGACACUGAUGCACUUUGAAUAUAGAAAUUACAUUUCAUAGACGUAUCAGCCUUGGUUUAAGCAUGUUUAAAAAUAAAAAAAAUCAGUAUUUGGAUUUGUAGCUUUGUAUCAACUUGAAACUGAGCUUAAGUCUGUUGCAUGCUCAGAUAUUAUGUUUAAGCCCUGGAGGGCCAGUGGGGUGCAGAGUUUGGCUCCAUUCCUGAUCAAAUCACCUGCCUGUGAUUUUCUAAUGAUCCCAAAGACAUUGAUUAGCAUGCUCAGGUGUGUUUGACUAGGGUUAGAGCCAAACUCUGCACUGCAUUGGCCCUCCAGGGCAAGAUCUGAAUAGCCCUGGUUUAAGCCAUUUCUCCUCAAGAUUAAUUUUGUAAAUUAUAACAUUUAGAAGUAGAGUUAGUCUUUUAUUUUUUUGUUUUUAAAUGAUAUUCUCCAUGGUCAGAUGUCAAUGUUCGUUGUGCCAAACUUGCAUAGGGAUUUGUGUUUUCUAAUAUGUAGGAGAGAAAGCUGCCAUGCAACUAAUCUGGAUCCCUGUAUUUAACAUCAAGGACAGUUUUGAAUUGAACUUUUACUGCCGUUUAACUUCAAGCAUUAGUGUUAAUUAUAAUCGCCUACAGACCCGAAAACUGUAGCUCUUGUGCCAAAAGAUAUGUUGUAGUGCUAUCUGAAGGGAAGGUAGGUUAUUUUGAGUGUUUCGUUCGUCCCUCGGGUGUUUCUGAGAGCUGAAGCCAGUGGCAUGGACGCAGCAGCCCUGCAUGACUCAUGGUUUUUUUGGGGGAUUUUUUUUUUCUAUCAUGGUUUUUCCACAGUCUUUUUAGUAUUUAUAGUCUAAUUCUCUUUUUUGCACUCAAAAAUGUGAAGUACAAUUUUCUAGAAACUGAUCUCUAGAUUCCCUAAAUCAUUUAGAGCUUUAUGCUUAAGUGCAUCAAGUAUUGUUGUACAAUCUUAUAAAGUAAAAGGGUUUUACACUGUAUAAGCAUUUAUUACAUAGCUCAGAGAAUCUAUAUGCAUAGACAUAUUUAAGACUUGCAUUUUAGAUUUGUUGAAAUGCAUUUAAAAUCAUCAUUAGGCUUUGAUCUGUGGCCUCUCUUACCCCCUGAAAAAUGUCAUCUCUUCUGUUUGGUUGAAAGGCGAGAUGUGGUUAUUGAGGCACAACGUGCUGAUUCAUACUGUGUUAAGAGGCAGAGUACAAGCAUUUGAUGGCGUGCUUUGUUUGCAAGAUGUAAUCCCAGUCUGUUAUUAGCUAGAAGCAUUUCAUCCCUCGCAGUGCUUUGACAUUGAAAGGAAACCGAAAAGGGAAGUAAUAUUUUGAACCGACAUCACUGAUACAGCCACUUUAUUACCACUUCAAGAGCAUCUUCUAUAGACCUACAACAUGGUGCAUAUCUGCAUCAUACUUCAAAAUUAUAUAUGCAACAAUCAUACGUGUCUGAUUAGGGCAAUAUUAAUCUGAAAAUUCAAGAACAAGACUGGGGAAAUGCAUUAAUGUAUGUCUGUGGAUGUCAGGUGCAGUGCUCUCUAGUGGAAAUAGUGCAAAUUUGUUUUCUCUAUACUAGUUGCUUUGCCACGUAGACAAAUGUUGUAUUUUAGAUCCCUUAAACAUUUGUGCUCUGUGCUUUCCUGGCCAAAACAUGAUGAGGUGAAACUCACAUUCCUGAAAAUGUUGGCAAAAAUGCAGUUUUCCUUGGUGUAGUAAUCAAACACUCAUUAAGUUUACAUUCAUUUGUUAAAUGGCACAGUGGAGGUGAUUCUGAUUCUGAUUCCCCAAAAUCAGCAUUAUUAUUUAUGUAACUCUGUUUUUCCAGACAUGUCUUCUGCAAACACAAAAUAACAUAUUUUGAAGAAUGCUGAUAACCAAACAGUUUUGGUUACCAACUUUUCUCAAAAUAUCUUCUAUAUAAGAAAGUGGAGUCAUAGAGGUUUGGAAUCACAUGAAAUGUACAUUUUGGGUGAACUAUCCCUUUAAUUAUAUACUUAAAGAACACAAAGCACAGUUAUACAAAUAUUCACACUCACUUUAAAUAUUUGAUUUUUUAUUAUAGUUUAACAUUUAUAGGGCAUUUGGUGGGGAGGGGGUUCUAACAUUCUAUCAUGGAGCAUAAAGUAUUUUUGGUAACAGUUAACUUGUAUGCAUAAUGCAUUAUGAAGGUAUUCAUUAUAAAGUGUUAUAACUUAAGAAAUAAUUGUAAGAGUUUAAACGCAUUAUAAUUUUUGAAAGCUAGUUUUUCCUUUCUUUUAACGCAUUGUGCAACAAUGAAUAGAUAGAUUUUAUAAUUUAUAUUUUCUCUUUAAGAAGAUGACUCAAAAAUUCACACAUUAACAAACAAUUUGAGAAGUUAAAGGUGACGUGUGAUCUUUAAAAAAAAUCUUUUCUUUUUUUAUUUUUAUAACACCUCCGCUCCAAGCUCAACUACUAGCAACAUUCAUUGGUUCAUUCCUGAAAAAAAGUGAACAUUCUGGAUUCAUCAGAACAUCCGUGUGUGCUUUUGUUUAACAUGGCAACCAGUGUCAACCAAUGGUGUAAGCUAAGGGGCGGGGCUAACUGUUUGUCUGACCAAUGACAGGUGAGGGACGUGUUCAAUAAACUUGACUGAAAACUUUUCAAUUUGACUGAACAAGGAAAGCAUUUGUCUCUUUGUGAAUCUGCACAGUGUGAGAGUUGCUGUUAGCGUAUGAUUGCGGUCUGACCCUGAGAGAGAUGAAGCCUGCUUUUGAAUGCAAAAACGCAUCUUUAUCUGGCGUAUUCAUUGACAUUUUUGCACAUAAUCACAGUUCAUUCUGGAUCGAGAUGAAGUUCCCGUUGUUGACAUGUGACCAAAGCUUGAUCUUGUCAUCAUUUGUGCAUUUUGUUUUUACAAGAUGCUUAAUAUUUCCUCUCAAUGCCAAGAAGCCGAGGUUUAUUUUUGUACUUCAUAGUUUCAUGCAGAUUUCUAGGUCCUCCAGUGCAGAAUCUAGGAUUUAAGGGUCCUAAAGUAAACUGUCGCCCAUCAAGGUACUCUCUUUGAAGAUACUAACUAUUCAUGUAUUUAAUGUGAGAAGCAUGCCCUAUAUAAAUGAAUAUAAAUAUAUAUAUAUAAAGAAUAUAUUAUCAUGUGAUUAUUUGUAUAAAAUAUGAACUUUUCUGUUUAUAAGAAAUUGUUUUAAUAUCUGAAGCAUAAUGUAUAUUAUAUUUUUAAGUUUCUAAUUUAGCAUGCAGUAAACUGCUGGAUAUUUUCAUUGUGUUAAAUUAUUGAAUUGUUUUUAGUGUAGGAGGUGGUUUGAGUUGUUUUACUGAUUUAGUAAAAGGACUAAAUGCGAGCACUUUUGCUGUGAUGACUGGCUCAGCGUUUCAUUUCAGAUGCUGCUACGCUUCGUUUUGAGCAGAAAGCUGUAUUUUUAAUUCACUUUUCAGCCAAGUAGCAAUAAAUUUUUUUACUGUGAAA